GAAGGAAGAGAAGCAGCAUUACCGCAUCAGAGCCUCAACAUGAAAGUUUGUCACAUUUUGUUCUGCUUCAUCUUCCUCACAGCACAUGAGGAUGGAAACUCCGGUCGUGUCAGUGCAGAAACUUCCAUCCACAGAGUGGAAGGACAAGACGUCACAUUUGAAUGCAACUUUCGAAUCUCUGGAAGCACAAAGUUCUUCUAUAAGGGAGACUGUGAAAAUGGAAAUAUUCUCAUUAAAACGACUGAUGAUACAUUUCAGAGGGGCAGAUACAGCAUGAAAUAUGUCAAAGCAACAACCUUUCUGCUCUCAGCUCUAUCAACAACCACACAGAGUCUGAAGUUCAGUUCGGGAGGCUCCACACCUUCAUCAGCAUCCACUGAACUCAUCAAACAUUCUGAGACACCUGCAGGUUCAGAUUUCUUCCUGCUUCUGGUUGUUGUAUCUGCGGUCGUGCUGGUUCUGAUGUUUCUUGUUGUUCUGACGUUAAUCUACAGAAAAAGGACAAAGGGCUCAGUUGUUUUGGACAGGAGGAGGAACUCAGACUACAACCAGACUGAGAUUGCUCUCUAUGAAUUUAUUUCUCCAACCCGCACGUGUGAAGAAUCAAUCUACCAGAGCCUCAAUGCAGGCAGCAGGGACCAGGACCAAACCUACUCCACUCUCCCACACACAAAGAAGCCACACAAGCAUUCAGAUUAAGAGAAAUGACUUCCACAGUUUCAUCUCUGAAUGAGGAACCUGCUCACUUCUCUGUAAAAAGUCACAGUGUCACUUCCUUUGCUCUUACUCGGCUGGAUUUAGUAACCUUGAAACUGGCCUCAAGAACAUCAGGUCAUUUCACAUAUAGAAGCAGGAAUGAGUUGAUGGACCACUCAGAGUCCACCUCAUCAGGCUCGACCCAUCACCUUCUUCUAUACCAGCCUGGUCUCAUGAUAAAUGGUGAAAUAAAUCUUUCUUUUUUUUUUUUUUUUUGUCUUUAUGAAUUGUCCCUUUUUUUUUUCAUGUCUCUGAGUUUUAUUGUCACAGCCUGUCUGAUGAUUCUUCCUGUUCAUGUUUGUCUCAUUCUGGCCUCAGUUUACCAUCUUCUAAUGUGACUUCAGGAGAGUAAUGCACCAUUCAACAAAGCAAAGAUCAUCUCAAACUGGUGUCAAUGGCACUGCACUGAGUGUAUAACUGUGCGUGUGUGUGUGUGUGUGUUGGAAGGAGGGAUCUCAUUCAGUUCCUGUUUUGUAAGUGAAGAAGGAAGAGAAGCAGCAUUAGCUCAUCAGAGCCUCAACAUGAAAGUUUGUCUCAUUCUGUUCUGCUUCAUCUUCCUCACACAGGAGGAUGGAAACUCCGGUCGUGUCAAUGCAGAAAUUUCCAUCCACAGAGUGGAAGGACAAGACGUCACAUUUGAAUGCAAAUUUCGAAUCUCUGGAAGCACAAAGUUCUUCUAUAAAGGAGGCUGUGAAAAUGGAAAUAUUCUCAUUAGAACGACUGAUGAUACAUUUCAGAGGGGCAGAUACAGCAUGAAAUAUGUCAAAGGUACUUUUAUAUUUGAUAUCAUGUCUGUGAAGAUCACACAGCUGAAAACGUCUGACUCAGGACAGUACUGCUGUACUAUCGAUAAAACGUGGUCACCAGAUUAUUUUGAGCUCAUUGUCACAGAAGCUUCAAACACUUUAACACCAGACUUUACUCUGAAACCUGUUCCAACAACAACCUUUCUGCUCUCAGCCUCAACAACCACACAGAGUCUAAACUUCAGUUCGGGAGGCUCCACACCUUCAUCAGCAUCCACUGGACCUGCAGGUUCAGAUUUCUUCCUGCUUCUGGUUGUUGUAUCUGUGGUCGUGCUGGUUCUGAUGUUUCUUGUUGUUCUGAUGUUAAUCUACAAAAAGAGGACAAAGGGCUCAGUUGUUUUGGACAGGAGGAGGAACUCAGACCACAACCAGACUGAGACUGCUCUCUAUGAAAAUUUGUCUCCAGCCCGCACGUGUGAAGAAUCAGUCUACCAGAGCCUCGAUGCAGGCAGCAGGGACCAGGACCAGACCUACUCCACUCUCCAGCACACAAAGUAGCCACACAAGCAUUCAGAUUAAGAGAAAUUACUUCCACAGUUUCAUCUCUGAAUGAGGAACCUGCUCACUUCUCUGUAAAAAGUCACACUGUCACUUCCUUUGCUCUUUCUCGGCUGGAUUUAGUAACCUUGAAACUGGCCUCAAGAACAUCAGGUCAUUUCACAUAUAGAAGCAGGAAUGAGUUGAUGGACCACUCAGAGUCCACCUCAUCAGGCUCGACCCAUCACCUUCUUCUAUACCAGCCUGGUCUCGUGAUAAAUGGUGAAAUAAAUCUUUCUUUUUUUUUUUUUUUUUGUCUUCAUGAAUUGUCCCUUUUUUUUUCAUGUCUCUGAGCAUCAACUUGUAAAUGGGAAGCAGGGAGGCAUUACCAUGGCAACAAACAAAACAGACUAAGAGGCCAUGCCAGCUGUUGAUAUUUUUCUAAGCCCAAACCAGCAUUUUUAAAACUCUAAUGUAACCAAGCAACAUGUUUAUAUUGAAUAAAAUACAAAAAAUGUU